UUGCCACUAGGAGGAAGUGGAGAUACUGGGUACUAAGUAGGCUUUUGUGGUGCCUGUGUGUAUGAAGGCAUGGGUAUUGUAUACACACAGUACCCAGUAAACUCCUUUGCUGUGGUCUUGAUUUGUGAUGGUGUGUGUUGUUGUGUGUGCAGGAGAGGGGUGGGGCCAACUCCUACAACCAUGGCAACCUCACCCUCCAGUUCAAGAUGGACAAUGAACUGGAGAUCAUCUAUGUCGUGGUAUACCAGAACAUACUGAAGCUGGCCUACGUCGACAAACUGCUGGACCAGGUCAACCUUGUCUUCAGAGAUCGCUACAAGAACGAGGUGGCGGGCAAGGCCUACGGACACCAUUUUGACUUCACCCAGGAAUUCGAGAGACUGCUGAGUGAAGUGGAGAAUGAACAUCGUCUUCUGUCCAUUAAACCAAAGAAAAUGAAAAUCUUUGGAAGGUCAAAAAAAGCUGACAAGGUGGCAAGUACCGGAGGAAAAUCCUCGAAAGGUACAGAGGCUGGUAAAGCAACUACAACCAACAAUGGAACAGCUGAAGCUGAGGAAGAAGAGGAGGAGGAAGAGGAGGAGGAGGAGGAAGAGGGAGAGGAAGAAGACGUGGCUAAGCCUGAGACUGUCAAACCAAGUGGAUCGGGAAUAUCCAGACUGCUGAAGAGAGGGCUGGUUGCCAGGGGAGCCAGCCGAGGGAGAGGUGGAGCAGACAAGGGGAAGAAGAACGCAGCCAAGUCCUCCCCGAAGCCAGGGAAGAAGGUGAAGGAGCAGAGGAGGUGGGAGGGCGGGGCAGUCUCUUCCUCUGAGGCCCAGGCUCUCAACUACUCCAGUCCUUCUUCUGAGGCAUCCGGGGCCUCCGCCACUAAUGGAGACAUCGAUAGGUCAAUGGUGGGUAUGAUGAAAGGAGAGCUACAAGAACUGGACUCUAACCCUUCACCUCCGACCUCCCCCACACCCAGCAAGAACAAGACCAAGAGUGGUGGGAUGUUCUCUUUCUUCAAGAACCUGACAGGAGGUAAGACCAUCACCCGACAGGCAAUGGACCCAGCUCUGGACAAGAUGAAGGAGCACCUCAUCACAAAGAACGUGGCUGUCGAGAUUGCCGAGAAGCUCUGCGGCUCUGUCGCCACUAAACUGGACGGGAAAGUCGUCGGAUCGUUCACUGGUAUCCAGAGUCUUGUGAAGAGCAGCAUGGAGGACAGUCUGGUCCAGAUACUGAGUCCCAAGAGAAGAGUCGACAUUCUGAGAGACGUCAUGGCCGCCAGGGACAAAGGUCAACCUUACGUCAUCACCUUCUGUGGCGUGAAUGGAGUCGGAAAGUCUACCAACCUCGCCAAGGUGUGUUUCUGGCUUAUGGAGAACGGGCUGAGGGUCCUGAUCGCCGGGUGUGACACAUUCAGAGCCGGGGCAGUGGAGCAACUGAGGACUCACACCAAACACCUCAACUCCCUCCACCCUCCUCAGGAGGGACACCCUCCCAUGGUGACGCUAUAUGAGAGGGGGUAUGAUAAGGACGCAGCCAACAUAGCCAUGGAGGCCAUCCAGUACGCCAGGCAGCAGUCGUUUGACGUGGUCCUGGUGGACACCGCUGGGAGAAUGCAGAACAACGAGCCUCUCAUGAGGGCUCUUGCCAAGGUCUGUUGGACCAGUGUGUGCUGAUGAUGGGUACUGUGUUGGUGGCAAAACAGAAGAUUGUACAAUUUUACAUUUUCCCUCUUUCCUCCUUCUCUCCCUCCCUCCCUGUUUCUCUUAUCGUGGCUCCCCUCCUCCCCAGUUGAUCCGAGUCAACUCCCCGGACCUGGUGUUGUUUGUGGGCGAGGCUCUGGUGGGUAACGAGGCAGUGGACCAGCUCCUCCACUUCAACCAGGCUCUGGUGGACCACUCCGAGGAGGGCUGUCCUCGCACCAUCGACGGAAUCCUCCUCACCAAGUUUGACACCGUCGACGACAAGGUGGGAGCUGCAAUCUCCAUGACGUACAUCACGGGGCAGCCGAUAGUGUUUGUGGGGACAGGUCAGACGUACACUGACCUCCGCACCCUCAAUGUACACGCCGUCAUCUCUGUACUCCUGAAAUGACUUCCUACUUCAUAGUCCAUGUGAACACUGUAUAAUGUCUUUGUACUUUUGGAUGAGAGGUUUUGAGAGUACACAGUGCAUUAACCUAGGGCGGCGGUGCUGUAAGAUACUGAGCUGUAUUGUCCAAGAGGCUCAAAGUUGC